CAGGCGAUGCAGACUGGUGCCCCGAAGGGUCCUCAACACCGCUCACAUACACACGUGUGCCCUACGCCGUUACCAUGGCGGACCUACAGAUGAAGCUUCUCCGCAAGAAAAUUCAGAAAAGAAAUGACAAGAACAAAGAGCGAAAACUACUUAAGGCGAAGGCAGUGGACGAAGAGACCGUGAACUCAAACGGACUGGAAGACAAAAGUGGUGAGAAAGCAGAAAGUGCUCCUAAGAAAACGCAGAAGAAACAGAACGUGGGGCCACUGGAAGGGACCGCGACAGAGGAACCCCCUCUGAAGAAGAAGAAGAAGAAGAGGAAGCUGGCGGACACGGCGGAAUCACCAGUUGAGAAGAAGAUGAAAACGGUGAAAGAAGCGGGAGAAGAAGACGAGGACGAGGAGGAGGGAGAUGCUUUAGCAGAUGGAGAAAAGAAAAGCCAUAAACCGGAGGAAGCUGCAGAUGAGGAAGAGGAGGGAGAAGAUGAUGAGGAGGAAGAAGAGCAGCCUGAAUUACCAUCUGGUUUGACAGGAGCCUUUGAGGACACGUCCUUCGCCUCUCUCACUGAUCUGAUGAGUGACGGCACGCUGAAAGCGGUGAAGGAGAUGGGCUUUGAACACAUGACCGAGAUCCAGCACAAAAGUAUCCGCCCCCUGCUGGAGGGAAGGGAUAUUCUGGCUGCUGCCAAGACGGGGAGCGGUAAAACCUUGGCCUUCCUCAUCCCGUCUAUAGAGCUCAUCUACAAACUCAAGUUCAUGCCCAGGAACGGCACCGGCGUGGUGAUUCUUUCCCCCACACGCGAGUUGGCAAUGCAGACUUACGGCGUGCUGAAGGAGUUGAUGGCGCACCACGUGCACACCUUCGGUCUGACCAUGGGCGGCAGCAACCGCUCAGCGGAGGCCCAGAGGCUGGCCAACGGGGUCAACAUCCUAGUGGCCACACCCGGCCGUCUGCUGGACCACCUCCAGAAUACUCCUGGGUUCAUGUACAAGAACCUACAGUGUCUGAUUAUCGACGAGGCCGACCGAAUCUUAGAGGUGGGCUUCGAGGAGGAGCUGAAGCAGAUCAUCAAGCUGCUGCCAAAGAAGAGACAGACCAUGCUGUUUUCAGCCACUCAGACCCGUAAGGUGGAGGACUUGGCUCGCAUCUCCCUGAAGAAAGAGCCGCUCUACGUCGGCGUGGAUGACAACAAAGACAAUGCCACUGUUGACGGCCUGGAGCAGGGUUACGUGGUGUGUCCGUCAGAGAAGCGCUUCCUGCUGCUCUUCACCUUCCUGAAGAAGAACCGCAAGAAGAAGCUCAUGGUCUUCUUCUCCUCCUGUAUGUCUGUGAAGUUCCACUACGAGCUGCUCAACUACAUCGACCUGCCUGUCAUGGCCAUCCAUGGCAAACAGAAGCAGACCAAACGAACCACCACCUUCUUCCAGUUCUGUAACGCCGACUCAGGCAUCCUGCUGUGUACAGACGUGGCGGCCCGAGGCCUGGACAUCCCCGAGGUGGACUGGAUCGUCCAGUACGACCCCACAGAUGACCCCAAGGAGUACAUCCACAGGGUGGGCAGGACAGCCAGAGGCAUCAACGGCAAAGGCCACGCGCUCCUCAUCCUCCGGCCAGAGGAGCUCGGCUUCCUGCGCUUCCUGAAACAGGCCAAGGUCCCACUGAGCGAGUUUGACUUUUCUUGGAGCAAGAUCUCUGAUAUCCAGUCCCAGAUGGAGAAGCUGAUUGAGAAGAACUACUAUCUCCACAAGUCAGCCCAGGAGGCCUACAAGUCGUACGUGAGGGCGUACGACUCCCACUCGCUCAAACAGAUCUACAGCAUCAACACUCUGAACCUCCCCAUGGUGGCGCUGUCAUUUGGCUUCAAAGUUCCUCCUUACGUCGACCUGAAUGUUCACAGCGGUAAAGGUGGGAAGAUUCAGAAGCGAGGCGGCGGAGGUGGAUUUGGAUACCAGAAGUCCAACACCGGGCAAAAACCCAGAAUCUUCAAGCAUGUGAACAAAGGAAAGGGGGAGCGGAGGCAGUUCUCCCGCUGAACCCUUCAAGUGAACUCCUCCUGGACUGAUUAUUCUUCUUCUGUGUAUUUGACGAACUGCCCUUUUAUUUGAUGAACUUCCUGCUUUGAACAGAAGGCGGGGCUCUGACAUGUAGGCCCAGCUGGCCUAUGAGGUGUGCGAGUGUAUUUAGGAACUGUAAAGACAGUGUUGAAAUAGGCCGCUGCAUUCCUUGUGUGUUCUUUCCACUGUGGACUCACUUUUCUAACAUUACUUCAUGUCAUCUUCCUGCAAUAUUAAAUCUAUUGACUUUCA